AGCCAAGAGCAGACAAAGGAAAUUAAAGAGAGAGAUUCUUGCAAUCAAAUCAUCAGUAUUAUGCUCAACCAUGUCUUCUAAAGGAAAAGAACCCCAAAACAUGAUGGAUAUUGAUCUCUCUUUGAAGAUAGAUCAUAUUGAAAAUAAUAAAGACGGAGAAGCAACACCAUCAAAAGUAGUAGCAUCAGUCAAAGAGGAUCUGAAGAACAAGAAGAAGGAAGAAACAAAGGCACUUAAUAUUAACAAAGAAGAUGUUCCUGAAGCCGCAGCUGGCGAAAUUGAAGAUGAAUUACCUUCGCAGGAUAACACAAAAGCAAGAGAGUUGAGUGUGUUACAAAUGGAGAUGGAGAGCAUGAAAGAGGAAAACAAAGUGCUGAGGAAAGUGGUGGAACAAACUAUGAAAGACUACUAUGAUCUGCAACUCAAAUUUUCAAUCAUCCAAGAAAACAACAAUAAUAAAAAUAAAAGCAAGGAUCAUGAAAUUUCUCUCUCACUUCAUCGAGAAGAGAAUGCAACGAUAAGGAAGCUCAAUGAUGAAGAAGUGCCGCGGAGAAUUCAUCAUUAUCAAGAUGAGAUGUUUAAGUUUAACAACAAAAUUGAAAAAGCCUCAUCCCUUGCAAACACCGAUUGCGGUGAGAGUUUAAUAAGCGAGAGUGAAUUGGGCUUAUCGCUAAGGUUGGAGACAAGCACAAGAAAAAAGGAAAAGGAAAUUGAUGACGAGGAAGAUCAAAAGCAAGAAGAAGAAGAGGAAGAAGAAGAGGAAGAAGAAGAGGAAGAAGAGGAGGAGAAAAAGACACAACCUGCAAAUUUUGCAUCAUCGUCAGCGGCUACGAAAUUGCAGCGGACACAUCAUCAUGCGUUCCACGCUGCAUCGCCUCCUAACAGAAAAGCUAGGGUUUCGGUUAGAGCAAGAUGCGAGGCAGCCACCAUGAAUGAUGGGUGCCAAUGGAGAAAAUACGGACAGAAGAUUGCUAAAGGAAAUCCAUGUCCACGAGCUUACUAUCGUUGCACUGUAGCCCCUGGCUGCCCCGUUAGGAAACAGGUACAGAGAUGCAUAGAUGACAUGUCGAUACUAAUCACAACAUACGAAGGAACGCACAACCAUCCACUUCCGGUGGGUGCAACUGCCAUGGCUUCUUCGGCCGCAGCUUCCUUCAUGUUGCUGGACUCAAGCACUUUCAACGUUAACCACCAGCAGCCAUUACUACUAAACCCAAACCCUAAUAAUAAAGGAGUUGUUCUGGACCUGAUCGCCAAUGAGGCAUCAUCAUCACUACGUUAUCCCGGUUUGUCUUGGAUGCAAAACAAUAAUCAUCAUCAGAAGGCGCCUGCUAGUAGAGGGAUAAUAAUGGAGCAUGGCGAAGAAAGCAAGGCAGUAGUAGAUGACAUGGUGAAGGUGUCGGCCAUUGCGUCAGAUCCUAAGUUUAGGGUUGCUGUUGCGGCGGCCAUAACAUCAUUCAUCAAUAAUAAUAAUAAAGAUCAUGCUAUUGGAGCCACUUCUUUUGCCGCUAAUAGCAGCAGCAGCAGGACUACUGCCAACAACACCAACAACAACUGGAUCUUAGAUAAUAAUAAUAAUCAUUCUCUCUCUAAAGAUGCUAAUCCAUAAGCUUACUUGAUUCAUUUUCCACUCUUUCUUUCUUUGGAGACAAAAACUGAACUAUAUAUAUUCUAUAUAUGUAGUAACUUCUUAAGGCUUAAGCAUUAUUAGUAUUUUAUAUAUACAUGUAUUCAAUCAAUAAAAAUGAGAGUUAUUCGGUU